CUUUUCAAAAUGUUUAAAAAUAUGAAUUUCAAACUUUUUCAUAAGUAUUUAAUACACGAUUUCAAAAGGAAAAUUUCACAAUUGAGCAUUAAUUCAAUUCUACAAAGUACCAGCGUUGGAGAUAAAAUUAACGCAAAGGGUUGGAUACGGUCUUUAAGGAAGCAAAAAGAGAACGUUUUCAUAGAUAUUAGCGACGGUUCAACUAAUCAGAAAUUGCAAAUAAUUGUCGGUUCGAAAUUAGUGCCUAAAAAUUUAACUACAGGAGCAUCUAUCAGUACGUCCGGAGUAGUUCAGCUUUCUCCUAAAGGACAAAAAGAAAUAAAUGCCCAAGAAAUAUCAAUUUACGGCGAUUGUAUUGUUACAGAUGGCUAUCCAUUUGCCCCCAGAAAAGAGUAUACUUCCGAAUACAUAAGACAACAUUUACAUUUCAGACCAAGGACUAAUAAGUUUUCAUCGUUAUUAAGAAUUAGAAGUUCCGCUCAAUGCCAUUUUCACAAUUAUUUAACCAGCCAAGGUUAUGUUAACAUUCACACGCCAAUUUUAACUUCAAAUGAUUGCGAAGGAGCAGGGGAGAUUUUUCAAGUGAUUCCCGAUAAUGAAAAGCUGAUAAAAUCAAUGAAAAAAGAAGGGCAGUCACCAGAAGAAGCUUUUUUCAAUGGCAAAACUUUUUUAUCAGUGUCGGGCCAACUGCACUUGGAAUCUGCAGCUCAUGCAUUAACAAAAGUAUACAACUUGGGACCGAUAUUUAGGGCUGAAAACUCGAGAAGUAGGUUACAUUUGGCCGAAUUUUAUAUGCUGGAAGCGGAAAUUGCCUUUCUAGAAAACCUCGAAGAUUUAGUAGUUUGUGUCGAGGACCUAGUACAAAACGUAACAAAAAUGCUUCUUGAUUCUAACGAAAGCGAUAUUAUGAAUCUUAACAAAGAAAAUAAACGAGAUUUUAGCUGGAUGGAUAAAAAAUUUGUUGUAUUAACAUACGAAGAGGCUGAAAACAUCCUAAUAAAAGAAGGAAAAGAGUACAAUCCGAUCGAUAGCAUAUCCAAAGAGAACGAAUUGUUUUUAGUAAAGCAUUGCGGAAAUAUUCCCGUAUUUGUAAUUAAUUGGCCCAAGAAUAUCAAACCGUUUUACAUGAAAGAAUGUCCUGGUGAUAAUACAAAAGUACAGGCAUUAGAUUUACUCGUUCCUGAUGUCGGGGAAGUGGUCGGAGGAAGUUUACGUGAAAACGAUUUCAAUAAAUUAGUAGGAAAUAUACCAAAUGACUCAGACGAGCUCAAGUGGUAUUUUGACCUAAGGAAAUUUGGCGGAGUCCCAACCUGUGGAUACGGCUUGGGUUUCGAGAGAUAUUUGCUAUUUGUAACUGGCAUAACGAAUAUUAAAGAUGUAAUACCUUUUCCAAGGUGGCCUCAUAAUUGUAGUAUGUAAAUUCGUUGAUUUUUU